AUGAUAGGCUUCCUUAUAAACCUCAAACUAAGGAACAUUCUAGAUAGUUAUUCCGAAUAUCGUCAGAUACAACGUGUUGUUGAUUUUAAAAAUCUUUAUGAUCCUCGAUUUUGUGUGGUAGAACUAGACGUAGACAGGAAAACAAAGACAUUCACAGCAGGUACAGAACUCAGAGUGAGAGUACACCUCUAUAAUGGUUACAACCAGUCUCUGACUCAGGGAGGCGACUUGCUCAACAUCUGGCUGAGAAAUACGGACGGAAGUUCUUCUGUGGCUGGUUAUGUGGAUGAUCAUAUGAACGGGACCUACACAGGUCACGUGAUGGCGUUUUGGGCGGGAAAUAUAUGUGUGAAAGUGUCCGUCACCAACACAAAGGAGGGGAUCGGGUUAUAUACAAAUUACGUGAAUGUUCAUGGUUCUUAUAAGUUUAUAAAUGCGACAUUCUCGGAGAAGAAGAAAAGUGAAAUGACUCAAUGUGCGCCAACAACGUCUGAUUGGUUGAACAAAACAUACGGGGGAUUCUGUAAUCUAACGCACGAGAAUUAUAACAUCUCUUUAUUCUGUGGGAAGCCAAAAUCUGUUUCAUGUAGGAAUUGGGUAAAAUACGGCUGGGACGAUUCUUUGUAUUACGACGAAUACACAAGAAAAAUACUCAGGUAUAAGGACGUGAUAUUGAAGCAAAUCAACGUGACUAUUGUUCCAAGUUCCAAAGGUGAUCUAGUCUACCCACUGCCUGAUACUCCCUGCAACAGUCUGCCUCGAGUUUUAACAUGGCAAAGUACUGUACCGUCUGGCUUCCUCUACAGGGGAGUGUAUCACAACCUAAUAUGCCGCCCUACAAUAGACCGAAAUAGGGAUAAUUAUCGGACGUGUCUUAAAGAUAGACCUGUUAUUUCGAUCGGUGAUUCUACAACCAGACAGUGGUUCUUCCGUCUAUCGAAGUCCUUACAGAUUAAGUACUCGGAAGGUUUUACAAAUAAUAACGCAUGGCAAAAGUUUGCACAUGCGUACAACACCACACUGGGUUUGGACCUGGAAUGGCAACCACACGAGCUUCCCUUCCACGGGUCACCGGGGUCAGACAGAAAAAAUGUUAAAUCUGUAGCCUAUAGGCUAGACAUAAUCCCGGGUAACAGUACUGCCAUUGUAAUCAUCCACUGGUACGCCCACAUCGCCAGGUGCUGUGAUCACAUAGCUUUACGAGAGCACGUGCGCCAUGCAAAGGCGGCCAUCAUGAGGCUUCUUAUGAGAUCUCCGGAUGUUCAGGUUUUCAUUAAAGGUCCUCACCUCAUAACAUAUCCCAAGGAUCAUAAGCCAUAUGCCUACAUUGGUAUGUUCGUGGAACAGAUUUUAAUUGAAGAGUUCAAUGAUUUACUACACAGAAUUAUCUACCUUGAUCAGUGGGACAUGUCAGUGGCAACCGAAAACGUCAAUAUUCAUCCCGAUCCACAAUUGGACGAUACAUCACUGAACAAUCUUAUCAAUUUUGCAUGUAAAUUAUAUUGACGCUCGUUGAAUUCUUAAAAUCAAAUGGAUACCUUGAUACCGAAUGGACUCAUCAGUCAAGUAUUAUAUCUAUAAGCUUUAUUUUCAUCUCAUUAUAUGCGUCAAAUUCCUGUGAUAAUGUUAGGUAUAAUUAGAUUUUCAAU